AUGAACUACACCCUUCUGGUCACGCCACCAAAAGUUGCUUUUGCGAUGGAACACACCCGGCAUCAGGCUACCGCAGAGGUGGAUUGUGAGGAUGAGCCUACUCUCAUCGUCCAGCUUCGGCCGCCGCAGCACGCCCUCGACCACAACAUUGUACGCGCUGCCAGCACGGCGCUUCCAGCACUAGCCCCCACCAUCGAGGAUCUCGGUUUAACACUACCCAGAGGCAUUUGCGCAUAUGAGAUGAAGAAGGUUGACGGCACGCCGCUGAGCCGAUUACAGCAGCAUGGACACUCACUCGAUGAUAGAGCAGCAAAGCGGCUGGAGCGCCUCAUCACAAGUUUCGCGGAUCUUAUCGCGCAAAACUGGCACUCACCACGGGAAGUACAUGAUAUCACCCGAACGGUACGAGCAGAUUCACCUAUGGAUGAGCAUCCAUCGAUGCUCACGCAGUGCCGCGGCAAGGUCGGCUCAACGAUGAUCUCUAGACUUGAGAGACUGGCUAGUGAGCUACCGGAUGCAUAUCUACGCGAAAGAGCGAGAGAAACAAUGCGCGCGAUACAGCGGAUGGAAGACUACCCAGUAGUACUCAAUCACGGGGACCUCAUCCCAUCCAAUAUUCUGGUUGACCACGAUACCUGGGAGAUCACAGGCCUGGUGGACUGGGCGGAGGCGGAAUACUUACCUUUCGGGACCUGCCUGUACGGUCUCGAGCAUCUCCUUGGAACCAUCUCACAAGAUCCCGCAAAAUCAGGGCCCAAAUGGACCUACUUCAACGGUGCGACGCAACUUCGUGAGCUGUUUUGGUCGCGCUUGAUCGAUGCCAUACCUGAAUUGGAAGCUCGGAUGGGGGAUGUGAGAGUGAUGAGAGAUGUGGUUCGUUUGCGACUCAUCACUUCGCUCUCCGUCCUCUCCUUCGCCGCUAUCGUCGUCGGGUUCGCUCCACCUCGCGUACGCAAGAAGAGCGUCGCCAGUAAUCACGUUCUCAUCUUCACCACCCUAAUCCGGCACAGCGCUGUACCAUUUCGGCGACGUGAUAGUUGGGAACUGACACUGAACAUCAUGGUGUCCACUCGGCGAGGCACUGCAAACGCAGAGCCAGACACGGCUGGCAUUGGACAGCCCAGACCGCUCCGACAGGCGAGCGACACCAUACAUAUCAUCGUUCCCAGCGUCAAGAAGGUCGACAAAGCUCAGAAGAAUCGAAGGGUGCCAGAAACUCCUCCUAGAAUGGCGCUCUCCGGCAAUAUUAGUGAGCAUGAUCUCAGUCUCACAUCCCCGAGUACCGGCGAAUCUCCAGUGGUACUCACCAUCACGACGGCGAAGGAACGACAAGGCUCGACUGAUCCCACCGAUCGAACAGUCUCCUCCGCCCUGCGAAGGCUUGCACCUAAGCCUUUCGCAAACAUGAGCGGCAGCAGCCAUAAUCCAAUCAUCGUCGAUGGUACCUCACCACCUCCACGGCGAGCAACGCGAGCCCCGAAGCGCAGACAGAAACACAAGAAGCUGUCAGAACCGCAUCAGUUCAUCGGCAACGGAUAUAGGGAACUAUACAGUUACGGUGUCUCUAGACCAGCACUGGCAGCCAUGCCUGCGAACGGUAGCACAUUCACCGGGCACCAGAGUCACGAUAUCUAUCGAAUGAUGAGCGCGAAGAUCACUGCCGCGCCUGAAGUCAGCCCGAACGCAGCAUGGGGCCGACACACCCUCAAUGUACCUUUUGAAGUACAGUAUCCACUCUCCGCGCCGGUUCUUGCGCAACACGCGCCACAACACCAACCAGCAUAUGCGCAACACUAUCAUGUUCAAGUUCCUUCCAACACAUACGUCUUGCCAAUGGUUCCCUCUCAGAACGAGAACUCGCUCCGUAGGAGAGCUGUCCAUCACAUCCAAGAGUACUCACGAACUUCACCACAGAAGAGGAAGUUCGCCGAUGCUGACCUUGCUGAAACCAGCGAUGGUGAAGCCAAAGAACACCAGCGGCAUGCUCGACCGAAAUCGAGCCGUCCAACCGCGCAGUCGAAUGCCACGCCCGCAUCGAGUGUACACAACGUUGAUCAACAUAACAUCCACAGGCCGACGGUACAUCGAGACCCAGAUCCCAACCUGCUCGUCAGUCACCUCAUCGAGCACACCUCGCUUAUUACAUCCUUGCUGCAAGUCUAUCCUCACUCUACCGACAAAAAGGGUCUACAAAAUGAGAUAUCGAUGAUGGUUCAGAUCCAGAAUCAGUAUAUGAGUGCUUGGAUGGAGGCUGAAUCACAGAGCUCGCGCAAGAGAACGAAGAAUAACGGUGACGGCGCUGUCAAUCUGGCGACCCACCCACAGCCUAUCAUCACUCCUGCGAUGAAGGUUCAGAGUGAAAAAGACCAUACAGUGCGUCAGGCUCUUUCUGCUGAUGCCGACAUGUGGCAGGAUGGUACAGGGCAUGGCGUUGCGGAUGCGUUCGCGGUCGCACCUCAAUCGUCGCCGGUGGCGAGCACCUCUAAUGGAAAAGCGGGCGCAGACAACGCUGUCGUCAAAACCCCACCACAGUCGAUCACCGACCCGGGAGCAACGUCAACGAGAUACAAGGGUAAUCUCAUUACACCUGUUCGACGGGAAGCCCCACAGACACUUGAACAGAUGUCGAAGGCGGCCAAGAAUAGCCCGGUGACUAUAAACUACACGAGUCAACCGUUUACUCCUCCCAAAGACCUGGGAACUCCAACAAAAUUACCGCCCCUCUCCGCCAGCUCUCCAAUCACACCAACUACCAAGGAUGGCGCUUCGUCUCAACAUGGCAACGGCAAGCAUUCUUCUUCCCGCAGCAAGCAUAUCACCCCUAUACGACCUGUCCUGAGCUCGGAGCACGGCAAACUCCAAGCCCCGGGUACCAAGAACGCUUCAAGCAGCUUCCGCAGUGAGAGCUCGAGUGACUUUGGUACCCAAAGACCGGUCUUCCGCUUCGAACGACGCGUUGCUGGUGAGGGCGGGGAAGCUGAAGCGAAUGAUGAUGCGACACCGACUGUGAACGAGUGA